CAAGCCUGCCUGGGGGGCUGACGCCACUAUUUCAGGAGACUCCGGCGGGGAGCACGGCGGCCCCGCGGCAGUUUCUCGCAGGACUCCAGGACUCGGUGGGAGAGACAGGAAUGAGAGUUGGAGACGCAGAGUGAGAAUCGGGUGGAAGAGGGCCAGCGGUUCCAGAGCCCAAAAGGAAUCUCCUCCGGAAUCCAGACUUGGCAGGUCCUCAGGCUUCCAGCUACUGUUCCCUCUUCUGAGACCAGAGCCCCGUCCUCACCAGCAGCAGUUGUGUCCUGGGGACAAAGACAUCCAUCCAGAUUCCCGUUAGGGAGGCCUUACUCCAUGGGCACCCAACUUCUCUUCCGAGGCAUUCUCCUCCUGUUGCUGCCCCGACCUGCCCCAGCCUCCUGCUACACAGCUGCGCGAUCAGAGUGCAAGCAAAACCAUGACCCCGUGCCUGGCGCGUUGCUGGCUGGGGAAGGUGUGGACGUGACCAGCCUCCGCCGCUCCGGCUCCUUCCCCGUGGACACACACAGGUUCCUGCGGCCCGAUGGCACCUGCACCCUCUGUAAAAACCCCCUGCAGAAGGGCGCCCUGCAGCGUCUGCCCCUGGCGCUCACCCACUGGCGUGGGCAGGGCUCCAGCUGCAGGCGCCAAGUAGCCAAGGCCAAAAUCAGCUCCACCGAGGAGGUGGCCCGGGAGGCGGCCUCCAGCAUCAACAAUGACUGGCGGGUGGGGCUGGACGUGACUCCCCCCGAGCCCAGCAGCAAGGUGCACAUGUCUGUGGCUGGCUCGCACUCCAAGGCAGCGGACUUCGCAGCCCAAAAGACCCACCAGGACCAGUACAGCUUCAGCACAGACACGGUGGAGUGUCGCCUCUACAGUUUCCAUGUGGUGCACAAACCCCCACUGCACCCUGAUUUCAAGAGGGCACUUGGGGACCUGCCCCCCCACCUCAACACCUCCACCGAGCCUGACUACCUCAGGCUCAUCCACAACUACGGCACCCACUUCAUCCGGUCCGUGGAGCUGGGUGGCCGCGUCUCAGCCCUCACGGCCCUGCGCACCUGUGCACUGGCCUUGGAUGGGCUCACGGCCGACGAGGUGGGGGACUGCCUGGCUGUGGAGGCCCAGGUGAGCAUCGGUGGCCAUGCCGAGUCCUCAUCCGAGUUCAAGGCCUGCGAGGAGAAGAAGCAGCGGCACAAGAUGAUAACCUCCUUCCACCAGACCUACCACGAGCGCCACUCCGAGGUCGUCGGCGGCCGCCACGCCUCCUUGCGAGACCUGCUAUUCGGGAACCAGGCUGGGCCCGAGCAGUACUCAGCCUGGGUGGCUUCGCUGAUCAGCAGCCCCGGCCUGGUGGACUACAGCCUGGAGCCCCUGCACUUCCUGGUGGACGGCCAGGACCCGCGGCGGGAGGCACUGAGGCAGGCCGUGAGCAAGUACCUGAUGGGCAAGGCACGCUGGAGGGACUGCAGCCGGCCCUGCUCGCCUGGGCAACAGAAAAGUCCCCAUGACCCGUGCCAGUGCGUGUGCCACGGCUCAGCAGUCACCAACCAAGACUGCUGUCCACGCCAGAGGGGCCUGGCACGGCUGGAGGUGACCAUCGUCCAAGCGUGGAAUCUGUGGGGAGACUAUGGUAGUGCUACAGACGCCUAUGUGAAGGUCUUCUUUGGUGGCCAGGAGCUGAGGACCGGCACUAUAUGGAACAAUAACAACCCCAGAUGGAUGACUCGGCUGGACUUUGGGGAUGUGCUUCUGACCACAGGGGGUCCCCUGAGGGUGCAGGUUUGGGAUGCAGACAACGGCUGGGAUGAUGACCUCCUUGGCUCCUGUGACCGGUCUCUAAAGUCUGGCUCCCACGAGGGGCAGUGCCACAUGAAUCACGGUCACCUGCAAUUCCUUUACCAAGCCAGGUGCUUGCCCCACCUGGCUGGGGGAACCUGCCUGGAUUAUGCCCCCCAGGGGCUUCUGGGAGAGCCUCCAGGGAACCGCAGCGGGGCCGUGUGGUGAGGGCUCAGGCUUUAUCAUUGAGGUGGCUGAGUUUACAGGUCAACCCUGAGGCCCCUGGCCCAAAUGUCCCAGCCCUCCGACAUUCCAAGCCUGGCAGUCACUGCUGCACAGACUAUAGCUCCGGCAGGGGUCAGCAGACUGUCCCACGGGCUGCUUAGAGCUCAUCUUUCAAAACCCUCCUUGCAGCCAUUUAUUUUUUACUUUUUGGUACUGGUGAUUGAACUCAGGGGCACUUUGCUGCUGAGCUGCAUCCCGAGUCCUU